AUGGGGAUCCAAAAACGUCGUAAGAAGAAUGCUAAUAACACCAGGGGAGGUAUAGUGAAGGCUAAGAGGCACACGAGGGAUGUCGAUCAGAUUCACGACGACUUGAAGGCCCCAGAGAAGUUCUCUACCAUGCCAGUUGAUGAGGACCUCCCCGGCCGAGGACAGCACUACUGUGUGUCUUGUGCUAAGUACUUCAUCAACGACAUCGCCUUGGUGGCCCACUUCAAGACACCCAAGCAUCGACGGAGAUUAAAGCAGGCCCUGGAUGAGCCUCACACGCAGGAAGUCGCUGAAGCAGCGGUCGGAUACGGCCGGGUCUGA